AUGCCUCAACGAAUUCCUAAAGUGCCACUACGAAUUCCUAAAGUGCCACUACGAAUUCCUAAAAUACCUCUUAAAAUCCGACAUAAGUACAUAAAUUUUGAACACUUUACUGGCGGUACUUAUUAUCAUCAUCUAUUAAAACGUACAUAUGACAAAAAAAGCGUCACAACGGAUAGGUCAAAAAAUCAACAGGUGGUGCCACCUCAAGGUGUGGGCACAACCACGCCAACAACACAAUCAACACUAUCUGCCGCAGUCAGCAACAUUAUCAAUAGCUCACUUGCCAACAGCAACAGUGAAAAUUUUCGCAACAAACUACCAUCCAUAUCAAUCAUACCGUUGCCGACAUCAGCGCCAAUAACAGCAACAACAACAGCCACAGCAGUAUCGAGUGUUGCGACAGUAGCAGCGACAGCAACAACAAUUGCCACCACAGCCAACAUAGUGCGAACUAUAACUACUUCUAACAAGGCUACAUCGCCACCGCUGCUCUUUACCACCGCCGCCGCUGCAACAGCAACAACAAAACCAUUAUCAACCGCAUUUCUACGUAACGUACAGAAUUACGCACAGUUGCAACAGCGGCCACAAUUGCAGCAUCAAUAUCAGCAGACGGAUAAGUGCACAAUACUAAAGUUCGAUGUGAUACGUAAGACGGCAACCGGUGAAGAAUUGCUGCUGGCAACAACAUCGACCAACGCUGCUUCGCCUUCAACAAGCACUGAAGCAAUAUUAAUUCCUGCCGGUGCAGUACAAAUCGAACAGCAAAUAAAUAGCAAUCAGGAACAGCUAACAGAUAUUGAUGGCGUUGUACAAGCAUUUCAUGCAGGUGUACAACAGCAACAGCAGCAACAACAACAACAGCAGCAAUCGCAGCAACAAAUUAUAAGUCAUCAACCAAUCAUUGUGAAGAUAGAACCUACACAGGCUUUCCAUAUUGUUGAUGAUAAAGACACGCGUGUGCUUAGUUUACCUUUAACCGAAGGUGAUAAGAUCGGUGCUAGCUGGAUUGAUAUUAAAGAUAUUGCUGGUCUGCAAACAACACAAGCCACAUUGGUGGAUGUCUGUUUUGAUGCCGCCACAACAGCACUGAGCAACUCAACAGGGACAGCAACAACAACAGCAACAAAUACAACUUUAAGUGCAACUGAUGUAUGCAAUACUGAAGACGCACCACCGGCUAAGAAACGACUUACAUUAUCUAAGCAAAAUUCAUGUGAGACGAGGUCACCACCAGCGACAGCAACAGUCACUACAACAGGUUCUUUAACUGCAACAACUCGUUCUUCAACAGCCGAACGUCAGAUAACAGCACAAACAUCGACAAUGCAACAAAAAAACACUGUUGCAACGAUUGCUUCAGAAGCUUCAACCACCAGAGAUACACACUUCAGUGGACCCAGCAUUAGUGGUGCAAUGACGGAAGAUCAACAUUAUAUUAAAUACACUCUUAUAUAA